AUGAUUGCUCACAACAAAAGAAUUCUCUCGACCACCGUCGACAAAAUCGCCGUGAAGAACCCCGAAAAUCGCUUCGCGGUCAUUCCACGAGGACCAGACCUGACCGAUGGAUUUCAGGAUUUGUCCUUCAAGGACCUCGCACGGGCAGUCAACUACUUGAGUUGGUGGAUUGAUUCCACUAUUGGUCCAGCCAAAUCCCCUGAGACAUUGGCAUACAUGGGAAGCAAUGAUAUGCGCUAUUUCAUGUUCAUGCUUGCCUGUCAGAAGACUGGAUAUAAGGCAUUUCUUCCCUCCACCCGAAACUCGGACGAAGCCCAUCUUCAUCUGUUGAAAGCGACAAAUUGCAAGCGAUUUUUCUUCAGCAAAGAGCGACAUGCGCGGAUCAUGGAAAUCAAAAACCUCGCUUCAGACUUGGAGACCCUCGAGAUCCCGACCAUGACAACUAUUUUUAGCAGUGAAGACGGUUUGCGCCAUUAUCCUUACGAGAAGUCUUAUGCCGGUGCAGAGACAGAAACAUUUUGCACAAUUCACAGCUCCGGAACAACUGGAAUGCCAAAACCAGUUCAUCUCACCAACGGCUUCUUCAUGACUAUGGAUUCCAUCUCUCAGCUCGACUGGCCUGCUGGUCGUGAGCCAACGCCAUUCUUCCAUAUGAGCUCGCAAGACGUUAUAUUGGCGACGACGCCUUUCUUCCACCUAAUGGGAAUCAUCCCUCUUAUUUUCGCCGUCUGGUUUGACGUUUCUGCCCUUGUUGGGCCUGAUAAGCCACUUUCGGUGGAUUACAUGGUCGAGCUUCUUCGACGCGCCCGCCCCACAGCUGCAAUCUGUCCACCGUCGGUUCUGGAAGACCUUAGUUCUUCCGACGAAGCUCUCGCUUGUUUGGAUGAAGUUGACUCUAUCUACUAUGGAGGCGCACCACUGGCUUUGGAAGUUGGAGAGAAGCUCCGAAAUCACACUCGGGUCAAAUCUUUGCUCGGAACAAGUGAAAUCGGGUUCAUCCCGUCUAUCGUUCCAGCGGAUAGCGCUGAUUGGAAUUACUUCGAGUGGAACGCUUCAUAUGGUAUCGACAUGCAGGAUAUUGGUGAUGGUCAGAUGCACGAGAUGGUCAUUCCUCGACAGCCGAAUUCUCUUGAAUUUCAAGGAAUCUUCCACACUUACCCCGAUAUCAAUGAGUACCGAACCAAUGAUCUCUAUACUCGGCACCCCACGAAUCCAAACCUUUGGAAGUUCUACGGUCGCAAGGAUGAUGUUAUCGUCCUAAGCAACGGAGAAAAAUUCAACCCCGUCGGAAUGGAGGAAAUCAUCGAAUGUCAUCCAUUGGUCAGCAGAGCACUGGUUAUCGGACAGUCUCGAUUCCAAGCUGGUCUAUUAGUAGAACCACACAGGAGCGCCCAAGAUAUGGAUUCCAAGCUUUUCAUCGAGGAGAUAUGGCCAACCGUUCAAUCAGCCAAUCAAACCAUCGCUGCCCAUGGACGAGUCAUGAAGACGAAAAUCGCUGUUGCCUCGAAAGCAAAGCCUUUCCAGAGGACUCCCAAAGGCUCAACCAAGCGCCGAGCUGUCCUUCAAGACUACGAGGAGGAAAUAGAUGCCCUCUAUAACGCAGGUCUGACUGAUGAGGACCAGGCUUUACCGGAGAUUUUAGAUCAGAACAGCGUUACCGAAUGGAUUCGCGAUACCAUCAUUCAGGCUCUAGAAAAGCCAGAUAUUUCAGACGCUGAGGAUUUCUACAGCUCUGGUCUGGAUUCUUUGAUGACUAUCCAGGUCGCCCGAAUCAUAAACAAGGGUAUUCAGACGCGACAGCCUAAUGUGGAAGGUGCUAUCACUGCUCAAACUCUCUACAGCAACCCGACAGUGAGCCAACUAUCACAGGUCGUCAUGGCAACUUUGGAAGGAAAAGCCCAAGGCACUGUUUCCCGAGAGGAGAAGAUCCAAGAAUUGCUCGAAAAGUAUACAGCGGAUCUUCCAGCGAAGAAAAGAAAUGACUGCCGGGAUGAACUGAGCUCGCCUACUACCAUCAUUCUGACUGGGUCAACUGGCUCUUUGGGAAAUUAUCUCCUCCACUCUCUCCUCAGCCUUGAUUCGGUCUCCAAGGUCUACUGUCUCAAUCGUUCGGAGGCAGAAACCCGCCAGAAAUCUGGUCUCGAAGAGAAGGGCUUAAAUUUGAACCCAAAGGCCUGGGAAAAGGUUGAAUUUCUCAAGGUUUCGUUUGGAGAGCCCCAAUUCGGUCUAGAUGAGAGCAAGUACCAAGAGCUUCUUGAAACAGUCGACACUAUUAUCCACAACGCUUGGAUGGUGAAUUUCAACCACUCCGUCGAUUCCUUUGAAGCCCCUCAUAUUCAAGGCGUGCGUCACUUGGUGGAAUUCAGCUUGAAAAGUCGGUACAACGCCCACAUCCAUUUUGUCUCCUCUGUGAGUACGGUGGGAGGAUGGUCACCAGAAAUGGGUCCUAAGAUCCCCGAAGUCCCUAUGGAAGAUCUUUCGGUUGUUCUCGAACAAGGAUAUGGCGAGUCCAAGCAUGUUGCAGAGCGCAUCUGUUGGGAAGCAUCCCGCCGAAGUGGAGUGCCAACAACGGUGUAUCGCGUGGGCCAGAUUGCUGGACCGACCUCGGCCAGUGGACAGUGGAAUCCACACGAAUGGUUUCCAACGAUUAUUGCGACCUCGAAGGCAAUGGGUAAAAUUCCAGACAGACUAGGCGCGAUGCCUAUUGAUUGGGUCCCAGUGGACACUCUCGCAUCUAUUAUGGUCGAGAUCGCGCAUACGCGUCACAGAACCCAAGCCAAGAACCCCUCGGCUGUCUUCCAUCUUACAAGCCCUGAAGCAGCCGAAUGGUCAUCCCUGAUCCCAGCCGUCCAAGAAGUGUAUCCGGUUGAAGUGGUUGGAUAUGGCGAGUGGGUUGCCGAGCUUGAGAGCAUUUCGAAUCCAACCCGAGAGGAAAUCGCUGAGAAGCCUGCUCUUAAGUUGCUGGACUUCUAUCGCGCUCUUCAACAUGGUGGUGCGAUGUCCAUUAUGAUGGAUGUGAGCAAGGCGAAGGAAGCAAGUACCACAAUGAGCUCAUUGGGUCCAGUCUCUGCUUCUCUGAUGCGAAACUGGCUGCAGCAGUGGAAGUUCUAG